AUGCUGAUGAUGCUGCCAAGGAUCGGCGCUCUUCUCAGCACAUCCCUGCUAGUGCUUAGCGCCCCAAUACUGGGCGGCUCACAACAGUCCAAAACGACCACUGUCACAUAUACUGCAACCACUAGCGACAGUGCCCAAUGCCUCGACGAGGUCAACGCUGUUCGAGAAGUAGCUGGGUUGUCCAACUUCACACAGGCCUCAGAACCAAACACAUUACCGACGCCGGGUACUGGAGGUCUACAAGAAAAUACCGAAUGGCGGAAGCUCUGUGAAUACUUGAUACCAACCCUAACAACAAAGGCUCCGAGCAACUCAGAGGCUGAGAAUCCGUUCAAGGAUGGAACGUAUGCAUUCAAAUCUCUCACUGAUGCACAACCGAAAUGCAAAGACACAGUCGACUCCUGGAAGGGAGCGUUCAAAAACUUCACUGGACUUCCGCCUUCAAAAAGCGAAGCCAACGGCCUGUACGACAAACAAGACAACGCUUCCUUCGUGGCUCUCUACAACCCCGCAUCCAGUGCCACUGUAGACUGCCGGGUCGUGACGUGCACUAAAAAAACAAGCACUGCGGCAGAUGAACUCGCAAAGGCUGAUGGUGACGCGACCUCAGAAUAUGGCUAUGCAUUGAUUUGCAAGACAAUGCCUGAUGCUCUUGCAGAUGAAGAUUCCGCUCCAUUCACGCAACAGCAGUGGGACGGGAUCGUCUCCUCCCUCACAGGUUCUGCAUCUGUCGCACUCCCAAAACUUGUGGGCGUUUUCAUCCUCGCACUUGGCAUGGUAGCAGUGUGA